CCGGGUGACCGUUGCCGGAAGCGCCUGUUGGUAACAGUCCUGGUUGUGGUGUUAGUAGUUUCCGUUGAGGGGGGAAAUCAACGGGCGGCUUUACCGAGGCCGGCUGCCAUCAUGGUGGAGGAAGUGCAGAAGCACUCUGUCCACACUCUUGUAUUCAGGUCUUUAAAGAGGACUCAUGAUAUGUUUGUGGCUGACAACGCAAAACCUGUAUUAUUAGAUGAAAGGAGUCACAAAAUUAAGAUGGCAGUUAAACUCCGUACAGAGUAUGGUUCUGUGCUACAUAUGCCUGUAUUGAAAGAAUGUGUUCGAGAGAAGGGUCCCCAUGGCAUAGUAGAGUCCUAUGGACACAAGCAGUAUCUCCAAAAUCCAGGAGAAGAUAAUGAUUAUUUGAUAACAGGAACACAUCCAUAUCCUCCUGGACCUGGAGUGGCUCUGACUGCAGACACUAAAAUCCAAAGGAUGCCUAGUGAAUCAGCAUCUCAGUCAUUAGCUGUGGCACUGCCUCCUUCUCAAUCCAAAUGUGUCAGCAAAGAUAUAACAUGUGCCAGAGAUUUCUAUACAUUUUCUUACAGGUACACAUUUGCGUCUGGAUCUCCAGAUAAUAUAAAACAGUGGAAAUUCCCUGAUGGAAAUUUCAUCCAAAACCUUUCUGGCCAUAGUGCUAUUAUCAAUACGUUGGCUGUGAACUCAGAUGGAGUCCUGGUUUCUGGAGCUGACAACGGUACAAUGCACCUUUGGGAUUGGAGAACUGGGUACAACUUCCAGAGGGUGCAUGCAGCUGUACAACCCGGUUCUUUGGACAGUGAAUCUGGAAUAUUUUCUUGUGCAUUUGACCAAUCGGAAAGCAGACUUCUUACAGCUGAAGCUGAUAAAACUAUAAAAGUCUACAAAGAAGAUGAUUCUGCGACUGAAGAAACUCAUCCUGUUAGCUGGAAACCUGAAAUCAUCAAGAGAAAACGAUUUUAAUGAGACCAAACUUUCAUUGAUGUGCCGUAACCCCAAUCCUUUGUUACAUAGCUGAAACACUGCUAAAACUAUUGCUUCAGUUUGCAGUUUUUACAUUUUCUGAUUGCUUUCUUCUCCGAGUUUAUCUUUUCUCUUCUCCUAUAAUGCUUUCUUUUGGGAUUUAUCUUUUCUCUCAUCCUAGAAAAAUCAGCUGCAGCUAUUAUACAUGUCUGAAGAAAUCAGAGUACAUUACAUAAAAGAAUGCUGUUAACUGUAAACCAUUAAAUGUUUGCAUGUCUUUCUGUGUGGAUGGAAAGUAGUGCUCUUUUCUUUCUCCUUUCUUCCUCGGUGAAGAAGUAACGUUUGAAAUUUUGAUGAUUAUUUUUUUUUAAAAAAACACAUUAUAUACUACUCUGUCCUAGAACCCUGAUUGAUAAAAUUGUCAAGGGAAAACAAAAGCCAUUGUAGUAAUGAUUCACGUCCUUAAUACAAUGUGCUGCUUGUCAAGAUGUAAUCCAAUACAUUUCAUUUCCCCUAAAAUAGAAGAUUUAACUGCAGUCUCAUAUGUUGAAUGUGCAUCAUUCUGCUUGAGUCACGGUUCUAUUUUUGCCUAUCCCAUGUUGGAAUCAUUAAAAUUGUGUUAAAACAACCUU